AUGACUGGAAAUGAUGAGAAAGAUAAGCAUGAAUUGAAGCUGAGACUGGUAAAAGAAUUUGAAAUCAAGGAACUGGGGAAAUUGAAGUACUUCCUCGGUCUUGAGGUGGCAUAUUCCACACAGGGGAUCUUCAUAUCUCAGCAGAAGUACAUGAUUGAUUUAUUGACAGAAACAGAGAAGAUUGGGUGUAAGUCAAUCGCUAUUCCAAUAGAUCCAAACUAUAAGUUGGGAGAAGCUAAAGAAGAACCAGCUGUGGAUAAAGGAAUGUACCAGAGAUUGGUUGGCAAACUCAUAUAUCUUGCUGACACUCGACCAGACAUAGCAUAUUCUGUAAGUAUGAUCAGUCAAUUCAUGCAUGAUCCUAGAGAACCUCAUCUUCAGGCCGCCUACAGGGUACUGCAUUACUUGAAAGGCAAUCUGGGGAAAGGAAUCUUGUUCAAAAGGAAUGACACUCUUACUCUGGAAGCCUACACCGACGCUGAUUAUGUUGGCUCCAUAGUGGAUAGAAGAUCAACUACAAGAUAUUGUACUUUUCUUGGAGGUAACCUAGUGACAUGGAGGAGCAAGAAGCAGAAUGUAGUGGCAAGGUCAUCUGCAGAAUCAGAGUUCAGGGCUAUUGCUCAAGGAUUAUGUGAAUUACUGUGGCUGAGAAUCAUCUUGGAUGAUUUAAGAAUUCCAUGGGAGGGUCCUAUGAAGCUCUACUGUGACAACAAGUUUGUCAUUAAUAUAGCUCAUAAUCUUAUACAACAUGAUAGGACAAAGCAUAUUGAGAUUGAUAGACAUUUCAUCAAAGAAAAACUGGAGGAAGGGUUAGUGUGUAUGUCCUAUGUUCCAUCAGAAAGACAAUUAGCCGAUGUUCUAACAAAGUAG